CUCUCUCUCUCUUCUUUUUUUUUGGGUUGUUCUCUUGCGACCCGAUCCACCUUGAAGAAGAUACCAUUUUAAAUUCAUCACAUGACCCCGAAAUUGAAAUUAGGAGGACUUUAUUAUCGGAUUUGUUCCUGAAGUUUCUCAAGAAAAAACAAAAUAAUUGGGGACGAUUCCUUCCUCCUAGGUUGCCUCUUUGCUAAAAAAAAAAAGAAGAAAAAAAAAUGUCCAAUUACCAAAGAGAUGAUGAUGCUGCGGAGUACAUGGAAGAAGAUGUAGAUGAUCAUGAUGAGAUGCAAUAUGAUGAGUUCCGUGGCGGUGAUGAUGGUGCAUCAGAUUCUGACGUCGAAGAAUUUGACUACUCGAAUAAUAAAAUAGCGGACACAUCGGCAGAGCAAGCUCGGAAAGGGAAAGAUAUCCAGGGGAUUCCUUGGGACAGGCUUAGUAUCUCCAGAGAUAAAUACAGACAAACUAGGUUACUUCAGUAUAAGAACUAUGAAAACGUCCCCAACUCCGGUCAAUCAUCACACAAUGUUUGCAAUGUCACACAGAAAGGUGCACAGUUCUAUGACUUCUGGCGUAAUUCAAGAUCUAUCAAAUCUACUAUCCUUCAUUUCCAGUUGAGGAACUUGGUGUGGGCAUCUUCCAAGCACGAUGUAUAUCUUAUAUCAAACUUCCUGUUAACACACUACUCUUCUCUAACGUCUGCAAAGAAGGAAGUUCUCAAUGUUCGCGGUCAUGUUGCACCAUCCGAGAAACAUCCUGGAAGCUUGCUGGAAGGGUUUACACAGACUCAAGUGAGUACACUUGCUGUAAAAGACGACUUUCUUGUUGCUGGUGGAUUUCAAGGAGAACUUAUCUGCAAGCAUCUUGAUAGACCCGGAGUCAGCUUUUGCUCUCGUACCACUUAUGAUGAUAAUGCUAUUACCAAUGCUAUUGAGAUCUACAACAAACCCAGUGGUGCCCUUCAUUUUACCGCCUCGAAUAAUGACUGUGGAGUCAGAGAUUUUGACAUGGAGAGAUACCAGCUUGUUAACCAUUUUUCUUUUCCUUGGCCAGUGAAUCAUACAUCUUUGAGUCCUAAUGGUAAAUUACUAGCUAUUGUUGGGGACAAUCCUGAAGGCCUUAUCGUAGACCCCAACACAGGAAAGACGCUGGAAACACUAUCAGGACAUUUUGACUAUUCCUUCGCCUCAGCGUGGCAUCCUGACGGAAUCACUUUCUCAACUGGAAACCAAGACAAGACCUGCCGUGUGUGGGACAUCCGUAACCUGUCUCAGUCCGUUGCUGUCUUGAAGGGUAACCUUGGAGCAAUCAGGUCGAUCCGCUACACAUCCGAUGGGAGAUACAUGGCCAUGGCCGAACCGGCUGACUUUGUGCACGUCUAUGACGUCUCAAAGGGGUAUGAAACAGAGCAGGAGAUCGACUUCUUUGGGGAGAUCUCUGGAAUAUCGUUCAGCCCUGACACAGAGGCGCUCUUCAUUGGGGUAUGGGACCGAACCUAUGGUAGCCUCCUUGAGUAUCAUCGGCGAAGAAACUACACCUACCUUGAUUCGUUUCUGUAAGGAAGAAUAAAAAGUAUACACAACCCGCCCAAGGAAUAAAAAAGAGAGCUCAUAUACAGCAACAGAAGCAAAACCAUAGAUAUAAUGAAUGUCUUAGAGGUGUGUAAAUGAUGUGUUGUGCAAAUGCUACUGUAGUUAGUGUCUUUUGUUUUCUUUGCCGGCGGCUUGUGUGUUUGUUUCCUUAUGUCUGGUCUUCUGAAAGGUUCAAGAUGUGUACAGUAAGUAGUGUUGGUUAGUUGUUUCACUUUUGAAAACAUCAAUGAAGUCUCUUACAAAA